GUGAGAGCAGCGGGGCCCGUGGCGGAGCCCGUCCCCGGGGCGGCGGGGCCGCACCGCUGCGGCCGCCGCGCCGCGCUGCGGGCUCGGCACAUCUGCGGAGGCGAGCGGGCAGCAACAAGCCGCCGCCGGCCGCCCGCCCGCGGCCCCGCCAUGGGAGCCGGACGCGGGGCGACGCUCGCCGCGCCGAGCCGCCGCCGGGGCUGAGCGCGGCGCCAGCGCAGGGACUGUGGCUUUAUGAAGCGCUUCCCUCCGAUGUGAAUGCAGUGUCCCCUGUGGGAUGCAGUAGGUGAUGCCCAGCUGUACUGCAAUGGCAAUUGGAGCUUUCUCUAGUUCUCUUCUCGUAACCUGCUGCCUCAUGGUUGCCCUCUGUAGCUCCACCGUUCCCGUACAAAAACUGUCCAAGGCUCAAGACAAACAGGAGAUAAAGGCGAGCCAGGAAAAGAGGGAUCACACGUCUGCAAGGGACAGUCAGACAGAUCCAGGGAAAAUGAAUGAAAUCGGCAGGAGCGGGAGGGAGGAGGGUAGCAGAGACUGGAAGAGCAAAGGAAGCAGGAACUACUCGAACAAGGAGUCUUGGACUAAGCAAAAGCAGGCUUGGAGCAGCCAGGGGACAAGCAGUAAAUCUGUGAGCAUCCAAGUGCAAGAGCAAAGGGAUGCUGCUCCUGAGGAACCUCAGGUGGCAGAAGAUUCAUCUCUCCCAGCAUCGGUUGCGAGCGUCACUCCCGAGCCUCCGGAGGAGUACGCCUAUCCGGACUACCGUGGGAAAGGCUGCGUGGACGAGAGCGGCUUCGUCUAUGCCAUCGGGGAGAAGUUUGCGCCGGGCCCCUCUGCCUGCCCCUGCCUCUGCACCGAGGAGGGCCCGCUAUGUAUCCAGCCCGAGUGCCCCAGGCUCCACCCUCGCUGCAUCCAUGUGGACACCACGCAGUGCUGCCCGCAGUGCAAGGAGAGGAAGAACUACUGCGAGUUCCGGGGGAAAACCUACCAGACCCUAGAGGAGUUCAUGGUUUCUCCGUGUGAGAGGUGUCGCUGUGAAGCCAAUGGCGAAGUGCUGUGCACGGUCUCAGCCUGUCCGCAGACCGAGUGUGUGGAUCCUGUGUAUGAGCCUGACCAGUGCUGUCCCAUCUGCAAAAAUGGCCCAAACUGCUUUGCAGAAACCCUUGUCAUUCCAGCAGGCCGGGAGGUGAAAACUGAUGAAUGCACUAUAUGUCACUGUACUUACGAAGAAGGCACUUGGAGGAUUGAACGGCAAGCGAUGUGCACUAGACACGAAUGCAAGCAAAUAUAGGAGAUCUACCAACCUACAGACUUUUCGUGGUUUUUAUAAAAUAUCCCACAGCAGUGAACACCCGAGAUGACCCAGGGAAAUCCAAAUGAGAGGAUUCUGGUGAGGAGCAAGGAAUAAAAUACUGAUAUUUUGUUUUUUGAAGUAACAUAAUACUGCAAGGCAAAGAAGUGCAUAUAUUUAAAACAUUUGGACAUAAGAAUACCUGUCUUAAAUGUGUUAUUUUCACAGUGAGUACACUUAAAUACACUAUAAAAUAUUCUAUGUAUUUCUAUAAUACCAUUAUAGAGCUUAAAAAUAAAUGUUUUAUAUAGACAAUA